CGCUUCCUCUGUUUCAAGUCGUUGGAAUGGACUUGCUGUGCAACACUACUUUUGGGGUUUCCAAUGGGGAGCUCUGAAGUUUGAUCCUCAAUUUCGGUUUAAAGUGUCUUUACUUGCAUCAGUUGCACACGUAUCCACUUCCAAAAUUCACAUACAGACACAACCCUUCACUUACUUCUGAGCAAACUGCUUUGAAUCUCAUGUGCCUUGUCAGCGUUACUCCUAAUGGAAACCUCUGGCGUUUUGUGUCAGCAAUUUGCGGAGGUCGGCAGAGCCCAGUAUAGAUCACUUUGAGUGGGUAGUGCAGGAAUUGAAUUGGGUUUGGUCCUGAAAUCGGUUGCUGCUUUGAUUCUAGAGUUGUUGGUUUUUGUGUUUAGUAAGUGAGAGGCAAUUUGACGAUGAAGGCUGUUUUGAGCAGCUGUUGUGUGGUGGAGCAACUCUAUUAGUAGUUGUUUUGGAAACCCGAAUAUGGAAUACCAGUUUUCGUCUGGAGAGGGGAAGGAUCAGGGGUCGUCGUCUUCUGCAGCUGGGUUGGAGGGUUUGGUGCCACUGGAUGGUGAAGUGAGGAACUCGAUUUCGGAGGAUAUGUUUAACAACAUUGCUGAGUUUAUGAAUUUCGAUUCUUAUGCUGGAUGGUGCAGCAGCCCGGGAACAAUGGAGCAGAUUGCGGCGGCGUAUCCAUCGGUGAGUUAUGCUCCUUUGGAUGCCUUGAACUUCACACAACAGAACGGUGGAACAUUGCCUGUGACUGAAGAUGGUGGGACUUUUGAUGAGGCGGGGAGUUCUUUUGAUUGUGGUGACAAGAUAGUGUUUCAGCAAAUGGACACCACCCAAUACGGGGCGUCAACUGAUUCCCACCACGCUCAUGAUGCAGCUGCUAAACUGAAGAAUGGUUCUUUUCAACAGAAUAAUGUCAUGGACAUGGCAGACUGUGUGAUCCCCAGGCCAUGUGGAUGGUCACUUAAUGAGAAGAUGCUAAAGGCAUUGUCAUUUUUCAAGGAGUCUUCUGGUGGGGGAAUUUUGGCACAAGUAUGGGUUCCCAUGAAGCAUGGUGAUCGCUCCUUCUUAAGCACUUGCGAACAGCCCUAUUUGCUUGACCAUGUUCUUGCAGGGUAUCGGGAAGUGUCAAGGAUGUUUACAUUCGCUGCAGAAGAAAAGCAGGGUACUAGCCUGGGGCUUCCUGGCCGUGUAUUUGUCUCCAAAGUUCCAGAGUGGACAUCAAAUGUUAGCUAUUACAACAAGGACGAGUACCUGAGGGUGGAACAUGCAGCUAAUCAUCAGGUCCGUGGAUCAAUUGCUUUACCGGUUUUUGAUCUGAACUCUGAGAUGUCAUGUUGUGGUGUGUUUGAACUUGUCAGUACAAAAGAUAAACUCAACUUUGAUGCAGAGAUGGAGAUGGUUUGUGAGGCCCUCCAGGCUGUGAAGUUGAGGACCACUACGCCUCCCCGACUUCAUCCCCAGUGCCUCUCAAAGAACCAAAGGGCUGCUUUAACUGAAAUUACUGAUGUCUUACGAGCUGUGUGUCAUGCACAUACAUUGCCGUUGGCUCUCACCUGGAUUCCUUGUUGCUACUCUGAGGGUGAUGCAGAGGAAAUUAGAAGAGUACGUGUUCGAGGGGGUAUUACAAAAUCAAAUGAAAAAUGCAUACUAUGCAUUGAGGAAACAGCUUGUUAUAUAAAUGAUAGAGCGAUGCAAGGCUUUGUGCAUGCAUGUGCAGAACAUCAUCUUGAGGAAGGAAAUGGUAUUGCUGGGAAAGCACUUCAAUCAAAUCAUCCCUUCUUCGUUCAUGAUGUGAAGGUGUAUGACAUAUAUGACUAUCCACUAGUUCAUCAUGCUCGCAGGUAUGGUUUGAACGCUGCUGUUGCAAUCAGACUAAGGAGCACCUACACUGGUGAUGAUGACUAUAUCUUAGAGUUUUUUCUGCCUGUCAAUAUGAAGGGCAGUUCUGAACAGCAACUUUUGUUAAACAACCUCUCGGGUACCAUGCAGAGAAUAUGUAAGAGUUUAAGGACAGUGUCAGUUGCAGAAUUGUCUGGGGUAGAAGGCUCCAACACUGGGUUUCAAAGGGAGGCAGUCUCGAAUGCCCCACCUAUCCCCAGGAGAGAUUCUCAGACAACGUCAUCAGAUAGUGAAAUGAAGUUAACUGAGAAGAUGCCCUCAAAUGUUUAUAAUAGAAGAGAUGGUGGAGUCAAAAUAGAUUUUCCUUCUGAACAGGCACCACUUGGAUCAAGAAGGCAGGUGGAGAAAAAGCGUAGUACAGCAGAGAAAAAUGUGAGCUUGAGUGUUCUACAGCAAUACUUCUCUGGGAGUCUCAAGGAUGCUGCAAAAAGCAUUGGAGUCUGCCCCACUACACUAAAAAGGAUCUGCAGACAACACGGGAUCUCAAGAUGGCCAUCUCGUAAAAUAAAUAAGGUGAAUCGUUCCUUGAAGAAAAUACAAACUGUACUUGAUUCUGUUCAGGGGGUGGAAGGAGGAUUGAAGUAUGACCCAACCACUGGAGGGUUUGUGGCAACAGGGUCUACCAUCCAAGAGUUUGAUGCACAGAAAAAUCUUUUCUUCUCUGAGAAGAACUUGCCUGCUCAGAAUAUUGUUCCAGUUCCCGAAUAUCCAGUUUCAGUACCUUCAAUGUUUUGUAAUGAUGGUGAGAGUUUGGAUAUUAUGUUGGAAGAGGAUGGCUGUUGUAUGAAUGAACGUAUGUUGGUUCCAGCUGCUCAUCAGGCUAAGGAAGAGGUAAGUAAACAACACAUCCCUGUGGUUGAUUGUAGUAUGGAUUCCAAGCCGAUUGCAAUUGAUUUUGGAUCAUGCCAGCCUACUGACCAUGACAUCCUGCCUCAUACUUGUCCGGAAAGUGCUUUUGGGGUCUCAUAUUUGGUAAAAGAAGUCAACAAAUGGGAUCAAAGCAAGGGGAGUCCAAAAUUAGAGAGUUCUGACUGCCAUGUUGUGUAUCAGAGCUCUUCUUCAAGCAUGACGCACUCAUCAAAUAGUUCUGGUUCAAUGAUGCAUGGUUGUUCGUCGAGUUCUCAGAGCUUUGAGGAGCGAAACUACCCUAAAGUCAAAGCAAGAAAUGAUGAGAAUGGAUCGAAAAUCAUUGUGAAAGCUACUUAUAAAGAAGAUACAAUUAGGUUCAAGUUUGAGCCUUCGGGUGGAUGUCUUAAACUGUAUGAAGAAGUUGCAAAGAGGUUGAAGUUGCAGGAUGGAACUUUCCAGCUCAAGUAUCUAGAUGAUGAACAAGAAUGGGUGAUGUUAGUCAGUGAUGCAGAUUUGCAGGAGUGCCUUGAGAUAUUGGAUGACAUUGGGACACGUAGUGUUAAGUUUAUGGUUCGUGAUAUACCUUUUGAUCUAAGCAGUUCCGGCAGUAGUAAUUGUUUUCUGGAUGGGGAAUCUUAGUAUUUUGGAAGAUGCUCAACUUUGGAGUACAUUUGAGAUUUUCCUUUUGUAGUAUAUGGCUGUAGGCUUCUUUCAACAAAAAAAAAAGGCCUUGUGAUUAGUGCUUAUAGAUAAAGGCAUACAAGGCUUAUUAGUGAUUGAUGUCCAGGAAAAAGGGUCUUAUAAUUAGUGGGGUUCUGUGCUGUCGGAGGUUGCACCCCUCCUAAACUGGCUCUGAAUCUCGUCUAUAUAAGAUUUGUGUAACAAUCAGUCAGUGUAUGAAGUGGCUAAACAUUUAAACAUGUGUGAUAGAUGAAGUUAUGGAAAUUAUGAUGGGGUAGACGAGUCCUUGCUUUUG